AUGGCAACUAAAUACUACAUCCGCCAGGGUGGAUUCUCGGACCUGAAAGCCACGGGUUCUAUCUAUGAACAGACAAUUGGCAGAUCGUCUCUUUUUGAGAUUCUUUUCCCCGGCCACCAAGCUGAGCCUGAAUCCUUCACGAAGUGGGUAACUCGAUUGUUUUGGAAGCGGUACUGGUCGCUUGGCUAUUCACUCAAGGUUCUGGCUGCCACCGACGAAAAUGAUGGUUCUGGCCCAAGGCAGACACAGGCAAGCGAGAAGCUGGUAGGCUUCACUUGGUGGGUUCGGCCGGUUGAAUCAAUGUCUUUUUAUGAGCGCUGGAUCUCCCCAACCGCCUGGGCAUGCUAUACAAUGAGCACGCUCAUCAAGUACUUGAACUUGUUUUCCCCAGUCGCGGGUCUCGAUUUCGGUCCCUUGGCCGCAACCAACCGCAUUUUUGAUCCAAUAACAGAUAGGCUUCGCAACACUCCCCGAAGGCGCAGCGCCUGGUUCCUCUCCGCUAUAUGUGUUGACCCGAAGUAUCAGGGCAAAGGACUUGGAAAAAUGCUUCUGCUAAAUGGUCUCAGUGAGGCUGAUCGCGCAGGCGUUGCGACCUGGAUCAUCGGGCUAGCGGGAGUAGAAGACUUUUACACUCGCCAUGGUUUCGUCGAAGCAGGAAGAGUGAAUGUGGAAGAUUUUGGGGCUUGGGAUGGUGGAAGUGUUAUGUUCCGGGAAUAG